UCGGACGUGGAAACCUUCGUGAGCCAAACAGCAGCAGCGGAACGCCUUCGAAGGAGGGUGGUGCAGGAGCGGGACGAGGUCGAGUGCUCGAAAAGGACAAGGCCAGCUUCCUGCAGGAACUGCAGCUGUUCCACGGCCGGAAUGCGUAAGAAGGAAGCUUGGGUGUUUUGUGGGGUUUGUGAUUGAUUUUGUUUGUUUUUGUAGGAUGAGAGGUAGGAAUGUGGAUUCGCACCGGUUGUAUUGGGUGGUGGUGGCCCGGGAUUGGUGGUUGAGGGUCAAUUCGCGUGAGGACCGGGGCGAGAUCAUCGAGGAGAUGGCGCUGCCGAAGCGUUGCGUGAACAACGAGAUUGCGUUGAAGAAGAUUAACUUCCGGUUUUUGGACAAGUACGCGAAAGUUUAUUUUCACGAUGGGCCUCCGACGAAAAGGAGGACGACGAAAAGCUACAUAAUUGGAGGUGGUCAGCGCAGAUGUUGCACUCGGUGCCGGCGGUUUACAGCACCGCAACUUCCCGCCCACAAACACUCACGUCGCGACGGCGCAGCUUCAGCCGAAUGAAUCUGGACAGUGAGCCAAAAAAAAUCUGUGUCAUUCUCGAAGUAGGAUUACGUGCUCAAAAUCGAACUCCGUACCGAGGGCCUCAUCAACUCCAUGUUCCGGAUGCGCUUCCAGGAUCGGGAACUCCCCGUUCAGGCACUUUACUUUCCAGCCGGAAAACGUCGACCACCCUUCCCGAAUCAAUGGCCAAAUCCUCCAAGACUGUCCUGAUUGACGCCGGAAACGUGACCAUCGUGUUACACUGCUGUCGCGCGUCGAAGCCUCCAUCCGGAACCGUCCAGCCUGGGGUAUUCGGAAGUGACCGGUGGCGUACCGUAUGAAGCAGAAGCUAGUGGAGAAGCGUUAAAUACAAAAAAAAAGUGUUU